GGAGGAGGGCCGAGGCGGGGGUGCCGGCUCUCCCGGAAACAGCGCCGGCCGGCGGCAGAGCGGCGGCGGCUGCCAGCGGUGGGAAGUCGCUCCUGGUCCUGCGCCCUCGCCGCACGCUGGGCGGCUCGGGGCGGCGUGGCGGGCGGCAUGGAGCGGGUGCCCCGCGAGGAGAAGCCUAACCCGCUGCAGGAUGCCAACCUCUGCUCCCGGCUCUUUUUCUGGUGGUUGAAUCCCUUAUUUAUUAUUGGCCAUAAACGGAAGCUUGAAGAAGAUGAUAUGUAUAAAGUGAUGCCAGAAGAUUCCUCAGAGAAGCUUGGAGAGGAGUUGCAGUGGUACUGGGAUAAAGAGGUGCAAAAAGCAAAAAAGAGAGGAAAAACACCACAUUUAACAAAAGCCAUUAUUCUGUGUUACUGGAAAUCGUAUUUAGUUUUUGGAAUUUUCACAAUGAUUGAGGAAACCCUCAAAAUAGUUCAACCAAUUCUUUUGGGAAAAAUUAUUGAAUUUUUUGAAAAUUCUCAAAAAGAGGAAGAUUUGACUUAUGCAUAUUACUGCGCAGGUGCUCUGUCUGUGUGCACGCUUAUUCUGGCUAUAAUGCACCACUUAUACUUCUAUCAUGUACAGCGGGCUGGCAUGAAGCUGAGGGUAGCUAUGUGCCACAUGAUUUAUCGGAAGGCACUUCGUCUCAGUAAUGUAGCUAUGGCGAAAACUACCACUGGUCAAAUAGUAAACCUGCUGUCAAACGAUGUGAACAAAUUUGAUCAAGUAACAAUUUUCUUGCAUUUCUUGUGGGCUGGACCACUUCAGGCUGUAGCAGUAACAGUACUUCUCUGGACACAAAUAGGCCCAUCAUGUCUCGCAGGAAUGGCAGUUCUGAUUAUUCUUCUUCCUGUGCAGACCUGCAUUGGGAGGCUUUUUUCUUCCCUCAGAAGCAAGACAGCUGCCUUAACAGAUGUCAGGAUUAGGACCAUGAAUGAAGUGAUAAGCGGUAUGAAGAUAAUAAAGAUGUACGCUUGGGAGAAGUCAUUUGCGGAACUUGUGAAUGGUUUAAGAAGGAAGGAGAUUGCCAUGGUUAUGAAAAGCUCCUACCUCCGAGGACUGAACUUAGCCUCGUUCUUUGUGGCAAGCAAAAUAACAGUGUUCAUGACUUUCAUGGCAUAUGUACUACUUGGCGAAUUUAUCUCUGCAAGCAAGGUGUUUGUGGCAGUGUCCCUCUACGGAGCAGUGAGACUCACAGUGACCCUGUUCUUCCCUUCAGCUGUGGAGAGAGUGUCCGAGUCGGUGAUCAGCAUCCGACGAAUCAAGAACUUUCUGAUGCUUGAUGAAGUCUCACACUUCAAGCCACAACUGCAUGACAGUAAUGAAAAUAUCAUUCUUCAUGUUCAAGAUUUGACUUGCUAUUGGGAUAAGAGUUUAGAAACCCCAGCACUUCAACAAAUUUCAUUUACUGUCAGACGAGGGGAAUUACUGGCUGUGAUUGGUCCUGUAGGAGCUGGAAAAUCUUCGCUCUUAAGUGCCGUGCUUGGUGAACUGCCUAAAGACAAAGGUUUGAUAAAUGUUACUGGAAGAAUUGCCUAUGUUUCACAGCAACCUUGGGUGUUUUCUGGCACUGUAAGAAGUAAUAUACUGUUUGACAAGGAAUAUGAGAAAGAAAAAUACGAAAAUGUUUUAAAAGUCUGUGCUCUUAAAAAGGACUUGGAAUUACUGGCAAAUGGGGACCUAACAGUAAUAGGAGAUCGUGGAGCCACUCUGAGUGGGGGACAGAAGGCCCGUGUAAAUCUGGCCAGAGCCGUGUAUCAAGAUGCAGACAUCUAUCUUUUGGAUGAUCCACUGAGUGCAGUAGAUGCUGAAGUUGGAAGACAUUUGUUUGAAAAAUGUAUUUGUCAGGCCUUACAUCAGAAGAUUUCUGUUUUGGUCACUCACCAGUUGCAAUAUCUCCGUGCUGCAAAUCAGAUUCUAAUUUUAAAGGAUGGUAAAAUGGUGGGGAAAGGUACCUAUGCAGAGUUCCUGAGAUCUGGCAUCGACUUUGCUUCCCUUUUGAAAAAAGAUGAGGAGGUGAUAGAACAGCCAUCAGUUCCAGGAACACCCAACCUGAAGGCUGCCCGGAACCGAACCUUCUCGGAGUCCUCUGUCUUGUCCCAGGAUUCAUCUGUCCACUCACAGAAAGAUGGAGCCGUGGAACAACCACCUGGUGAAAAUGCACUGGCUGCAGUGCCAGAGGAGAGUCGCCAUGAGGGAAAAAUAGGAUUUAAAAUUUACAGAAAAUAUUUCACUGCAGGAGCAAACUACUUUGUGAUUUUUAUACUCUUAGUACUUAAUAUUUUGGCACAGGUGGCCUAUGUGCUCCAGGACUGGUGGCUUUCUUACUGGGCAAAUAAUCAAAAACAGUUGGAUCUCUCAACAAAUGGAAGUAAUGGAACGAAUGCGACUGGACCUCUAGACCUUAACUUUUAUUUGGGAAUUUAUGCAGGUUUAACAGUGGCUACAAUACUAUUUGGCAUAAUAAGAAGUCUUCUGGUGUUUCAAGUUCUUGUUAAUUCUGGUCAGAAUUUGCACAACAAAAUGUUUCAAUCCAUUCUGAAAGCUCCUGUCUUGUUUUUUGACAGAAAUCCUAUAGGAAGAAUCUUAAAUCGUUUCUCCAAAGAUAUUGGCCACUUGGAUGACUUGCUUCCGUUGACGUUCUUGGACUUCGUACAGACUCUCCUACAGAUUUUUGGUGUGGUGGCUGUGGCUGUGGCAGUGAUUCCUUGGAUACUCAUCCCCUUAAUUCCACUAUUUAUUAUUUUCAUUUUUCUUCGACGAUAUUUCUUAGACACUUCAAGAGAUAUUAAACGUCUAGAAUCCACAACUCGAAGUCCAGUGUUCUCCCACUUGUCAUCAUCCCUCCAGGGUCUUUGGACUAUUCGCGCUUUGAAAGCAGAGGAAAGAUUUCAAAAAUUAUUUGAUGCACACCAAGACCUCCACUCAGAAGCCUGGUUUCUCUUCUUGACAACCUCAAGGUGGUUUGCUGUGCGUCUGGAUGCCAUCUGUGCCAUUUUUGUUAUAGUGGUUGCUUUUGGUUCCCUGCUUCUCGCCAAGACUCUGAGUGCGGGGCAGGUUGGUUUGGCACUCUCCUAUGCAAUCACCCUCAUGGGAUCAUUCCAGUGGGGUGUUAGACAAAGUGCUGAAGUUGAAAACCUGAUGAUAUCAGUAGAGAGAGUGAUGGAGUACACAGAACUUGAAAAAGAAGCUCCUUGGGAGACCAACAAACAUCCACCACCAGAAUGGCCUAACCAAGGAAUGAUAGCAUUUGAGAAUGUUAACUUCACUUACAGUCUAGACGGACCAUUGGUUUUAAGACAUUUGUCUGUUGUAAUUGAACCAAAAGAAAAGGUUGGAAUAGUGGGAAGAACCGGAGCUGGGAAAAGCUCUCUGAUAGCAGCCCUCUUUCGCUUGGCGGAACCUGAAGGAAGGAUUUGGAUUGAUAAGUACUUGACAUCAGAGCUGGGACUCCAUGACUUGCGGAAGAAAAUUUCAAUUAUACCUCAAGAGCCUGUUUUAUUCACUGGAACUAUGAGGAAAAACUUAGAUCCUUUCAAUGAAUACACUGAUGAAGAGCUGUGGAACGCCUUGGAAGAGGUGCAACUGAAGGAGGUUGUGGAAGAUCUACCCAACAAAUUGGAGACACAGCUGGCAGAAUCUGGAUCUAAUUUUAGUGUUGGUCAGAGACAGCUGGUGUGUCUUGCCAGAGCAGUUCUAAAAAAAAACCGUAUUCUUAUCAUUGAUGAAGCAACAGCAAAUGUGGACCCAAGAACAGAUGAGUUCAUUCAAAAGACGAUCCGUGAAACCUUUGCUCACUGCACAGUGCUGACCAUUGCACACCGCUUGAACACCAUUAUUGACAGUGAUAGGAUUAUGGUUUUAGAUGCGGGAAGACUGAAAGAAUAUGGUGAGCCUUACAUUUUGCUGCAAGAACAAGACAGCUUGUUUUACAAAAUGGUGCAACAAGUGGGCAAGACUGAAGCAGCUUCUCUGAUUGAAACAGCAAAACGGGUAUACUUCAGUAAGAAUUACCCGGAAGUUGUUCAGAAUGGUCAGCUUGCCACAAACUCCUCCUUGGAUCCUUCCUCAGGAUUGUGCAUAACUGAAACUGCACUGUGAUUCCUCAUUGCCUUAACUGUUCUCCUUAGAAUGUAAACCUGAGACCAUCUAAACUCAGCGACAACAUUUGCAAGCGUCAACAGGCGAGGAAAGGGAGGGAGGGGGGGCAAUUCUUUGCACUGGACAUCCUUCCUAUUUAAUACUGAGAAGAAAAUUUUUACUGUCCCUGUUUCUUUCAUUUCAGUGCAAUAUGUUUUUCUUUCCAACUAAUUAUGUUUGUAUUGCUAAGGAAAUUAGGCGGAUUGAGUUUUUAUUUGAAAGUUAUGUGGUAGAGAUCUCUUUUAUUUAAACAGGUGCAGGACACCUAACAGGUCUAGUGUGCAUAUUUGGAGCUUAGUAAAAUAAUUGGAAUGUGUCCUUUUUUUUCUUUUAGAGAUAUUUUGAGAGCAAGCAAAACCAAAUUGUUUUCAGUGUCACUUUAGCAUGACAGCUCUGUCAGAACAGCAUAUUUGGUAGUGUGCAACUUACUUGUCUAGAGCAACUGUCUUUCUGCCUGUCACAAGUACCUAUGCAGGCUGGUAGGAAAAAAACUUGAAGAAGCCAAAAUCACUUUUUCUUUUUGAUAGAAAAGUACUAUAUACUUUUAUAUAUAUAUAUAUAUAUAAACAGUUCAAAUAAUGCUGUUCAAGAUGAAUGUAAAUAUUAGCUUUAUUUUGCUAAAAUCCAAAUGCUGAAAAAUCUAUCUCAAUCUUCUGUACUUCAGAAGAAAAUUACCACAUUUGCACUGAAGAAAUAUUUAAAUAAUUUAACAUACAUUCCUCUUUUUACCCAGGUUAUCAAAGAAAAAAAGGUAUUAAAAUAACUUGAGGAAAUGUUUGAAUGACAUGUCAUUAUACCUAAAUACUGUGUAGUACAAAGUUAUCUUCAACACAACACAUUGAAAUGUAUACAUUAUUUGCAUUUAUUGUGCCUUAAUAUUUGUGCCUUCAAGCCAAAGCUGUAACUGCAGGGUACACAACAAAUUCAUUGGAUAUAUGUUAAAAAUAUGUAACUUUAGUAUGUUUAAAGUUUUGCAUCAGGGGUUCUGUUGAACUUCAGCUGUUUGAAGUUAUCAUCCUGCCAGAAUAAGUAAGAAAAUACAAGCUGUAGUUUCAAAUGGCUGUUGCUGAUAGAGAGGAAUGCAGUGAGAGAGGGGUUCAGUAUUCAUAAGUUAUGUCCUGAUUCAGCAAAGCACUUUAACACAAAGGCACUAUUCCCAUGUUUAAAAAAUAAAUCAAGCAAGUGCUAUGCUGCUUCAGAUUUUUUCAAAUUUAGUGAGCUAUUCUUUGAGGUCCAGUAGAAAAUACAUCUAUUCAUCUUGCUGUUUAAAGGACACAGGAGAGACUAAAAUGCAAAAGAUUUCUUCAGGACAUGAAAAAUAUUGUGCUUUUUAAAAAAUACUGAAGAUGCUUGCUAUUACCUUUGUAAUGCCGAACAAGUGUUAUUUACUCCAGUGUUCAUCCAGUGGCCUAAAAGUAAGGCAAACAUGAAUGUGUCUCAUUUCAAGCAGUUCAACCGGUCUUUAAUUUAGUCAGAUACAAAGUUACUCCUUACUGAGAAGGAAAUUGAGGCCAAAGCCUCAACCACUCGUCUUGGACAUUUUUCUUCUGGGAGACAGCCCAAUGGUGAGAAUCCUUGUUCUCCUUCACAGCAGCCUCUCUGCACUGGGGCUUGCUGUCCUGCUGUGAGAUCCCAGGAGAGAGGGAAUUGUGUCUGCAGUGCCACCAGCCAGCUUUCUGAGGGGCUUUUGGAGCUUGUGGAACAAGCAUCAGGUAUCUGUGCUUGCUGGUAACCUCCUCUUACAUGCUUUGAAAUCAUUAGGGGAGAGUUACAAAAUUAGACGCCUUUGCCCCUACCCUUUUUUUGUCAAGUCCUAACACUUCUCCUGCAGUGUGUAGCAUCUUACACUGUAACAAGUUCCACUGAGAUCAGUGGAACUGAGGGUGAUGCAGUGAUGUGCAGCAGGAGGCUUGUGCUGCAUCUCAUGAUAAAAUACCAGCCAGCCAGGGGCAGCUACCAGCCACCAAGCCACAUGGCACAGGUGUGCUCAUGUAAGCAGUGCUUAUGGCAGAUCCUUCUGAGAGCACACCAGUUAUCAUCCUGUGUGUUCAGUGGCUGUUUUCUUUUCCAUUCAAGUUGUCUGAAAUAAGGAUUGGGCUGCAGUGCCACUGAGUGAGAGCAGUGGUUGCAUUGCACAGGUAUGUGAAGGUGUAAAGUCAUGUUAGAUAAUGCUGGGGGACUGUGUAGCGUAAAGAAAGUUCAACCUCAUGGCCUUGUCCACUACUGCCUUUUUGGCAAGGAUCUAUGGAUCCAUGUCCAAACUCUGCUGAAGCUUUGCUAUGGAAAGUCCUGGUUGGAGUGGUGCAAAACACAGCUAGGGUGAGCUGACCAGUAAGGCAGUGCACUUUGUCAAGUUGGGAGUUGGAGAUGCUUUGUUUAUCUUCUUUUUUUGAGCAGUGAAAAUAUAUUCAGGGUCUGUGUUCUAUAAUAUGGAAUCCUUAUUAUUUCUAAACAGUUUUUGUAGAAGAGGAAGUGUGAUGUAUAAUACAGAGACUUUUACGUACUCUAAGAGAAUAGUAAGUUCUCCUGGCCAUACAUACCUUGAGUUUAUAUUUUUUUACCAGAUCCAAGGAUAUCUGCAUGCGUAAACCAAGGGUAUAAUUACAGUUUUAGUUCAUUUCAACUCUGAAAUCAAUCUAUGGUAAGUUAUAUUUCAGAGCAGAACUCCAAAACGCUGGCUGCUGCAGACUCACUGGUAUGAGACCCUGACAGAUCUAGCGAUCAGUCUGUAAACUAGAAUUAAUUUGAUCCUGUAGCUUUUUGAAUGCACACAAAAAUGCUAGGUAUCUCUGAAAAUUAUGAUUCUGCUUCUUCACGUGUUUUUGCAGGACACUACUUGCUGUAGGUAUCAAAUAUCAAUAUCAGACAAAACAAAUUUAUUACAAAAUCACACUUGAAACCCAUAAAUUGCUGAGUAGGAAAACUAAAAGCAAGCCAUUCAUGUCUGUUAUUGGCAUUAUUUCAUCUUUUUGGUUUAAAGCAACAAAAAUAUUUUAUUCAGGAAACUGGUUUUGCUGGUAUUAUUGAUAGCUGUUUUGUUCAGAUGUUGAUUAAGACCAACUGACCCAUUUCAUUUUAGUUAGGUAAAAAAGGUACCUGAAUGGCAGAACUCAAAUCACAGGAAGAAAAAGACCUAUAUGUGAUGAAAGUCUUGGUCUGUUAAAUGAAUGCAUUGACUUUCCAACAAGUGUUUUAUGUUUCCUUAUAAAGAAAAAUGUAAAUAGUUUUAAACUUCCAUUUUGAAAAAUGGUUGUUUUGAAAAAAAUUGUGCUUUAUUUGGAAAUAGUAAAGCAGGUUACUCUAAGUUGCAUACCUUACUGGGGAUCUUGGAAAAAGAACUGUCUCCUGAGUUAUUCAAGCCUUUAAAAUAUUUCUUCGCCAUGAGGUGCCUUAAAGUAUUCCAGAGUCUUAUUUCUAAUAAAUAUAAUUUUAUAUAGUAAUACUGAAAAUCAUCAGUUACAGAACUGUUGUUUCUUAGGUGUAAAAAUCUAGGAACAGCCUCUGCUUCUGAUCUUGAGAAUUGUUUUUCACACAUCUGUUUUGGUAUGUCUUUGCUCCACCCCUUCUCAAAAGACCACUGUGAGCCAACAGAGCAUGUUGGAAUUUCCAAAGCCACAGUUCACCAGGAUAGGCUAUUUCAUGUUUUACUAAUUUGCUUGUUUUAAGGACAAAAAUUCUCUUCAGUGAACUGCACCAUUUGCCAGAUGGUCAUAAUCUUCUGCGAUACCAUUAGUACCGCCCUUUGGAAGAGGGAGGACUUUUUGACCAGCCUCAAUAAUGCUGGUUACUUAAGUAAUGUUGAUGGUUUCUUUCAGCCUUCCCAAUAAAUGUGUGAAAUAAGAUUGCAAAAAGAAUCAGAAGAAAUGCUGCUUUUUUGUUGUUAAACUGACCCUUUGAAAUAUCUCACUUCAAUAUUUGCCUCUUUUUUUUGGAGAGGGGAAGAAAGAGUUGAAAUCACUGCUUUCCUGUGAUGGUGAUAAGCAUGACAGUUUUGCAGAAGAUGUGGCUUUCUAUGUAUGUUUUACAUUGUGUAACAGCUUGCUGCUUUUUCAUCAUUUUAACUCUGGUUUUUGUUUGGUUUGGUUCUUGCAUUUGUUGUAAUAAUUUGAUUUUGGUAUUGCUAUGGAAUGAUUUCUUUUGUGGACGUUCAUGUGACAACUGCUGUCAUACAAUAAAAGGCAUUUCUCAGAA